UAACCCUAUGUAGGAGUAUUUACCCAUCAUCGUACCUUAUCAGCAAAAAUCAUUUGUCCUUAUCACCAGAGGAAAAUUAAUGUACAGGGUAUAACCGUUUAAGUUUAUGUAUACAUGAGUGUCCUUGUUCUGUGGUGGCUGGAUGUAAGUUGGCCGUGACUUAAAAUUAUUGGAUUUACGCUGUAUUCCUUAAUGGCCAAUAUCCUCUGACAUCUUGUUUAGUCUCCAUGGAUAAAAUGUAUUUACAGAUGUCCAAUAAGGGUUACAAACAUACCCACCUAGAGGAAGAGGAUGAGGCCUCAGAAAACAGUGCCCCUGGGGUCCUGAACUUUGAGACAGGGGUGGUGGUGAGGAGCAGCAUAUUUUCCUGGCAGCGUAAGACAUUGCUGGAGCGUAUACUGAUCGUCCUAUGCUUCCUGUUGAUACUUACUGUCAUCAUAAUGUCCAUUGUCCUGGCAACCAAAACCUCCAGUAACCAGGCAGACCAAGAAGCAUCAAAGCAACAAAAGUUACAGAUUUGUAAAGAAUGUGGAAAUAUCAUUCCUAUCAUUAAAACAAACUACACAAAGAACUGCCCCACCCCCACCACUAUCACCCCCAGCCCUGCUCCCCCUUGUCCUGAGCACCCUUCAGUGUGUGUCACCCCAGCCUGUGUUACAGUGGCAGCCUCCAUUUACAAUGCCAUGGACACCACAGCUGACCCCUGUGAAGAUUUUUAUCAGUAUGCCUGUGGAGGAUGGGUGGACAGUCAUCCCAUACCCUCAGGACACUCCCGAUGGGGGACAUUUAACGUUCUUUGGCAGGAGAAUCAGAUUGUAUUGAAAAAAGUUAUUGAAAAACCACUAAACAAAACGGCAAGUUUGGCUGAAAUUAAAGCUCAGAAAUAUUAUGAAUCUUGUAUGGACCGCAAUAAGACAAUAGAGAAGCUCGGAGCUCAGCCAGUAAAGGAACUACUAGCUGGUAUUGGUGUCUGGCCAAAGCUGAAUGAAACCAAAGAUUUAGACAUACAGGGAAUGGUGGAGAAAAUCAAAGCCUAUGGAAUUGGAGUUCUGUUUGCUAUCUGGGUUGAAGUGGAUGACAGGAAUUCAUCCGUCAAUAUUUUACAAAUUGACCAAGGAGGAUUAGGAUUACCAGAAAGACAGUAUUAUCUCAAUGAGUCUGACAGAAAGGUAUUGAAUGCCUACUUGGACUACAUGACAAAAGUUGGUGUCUUGAUGGGAGGUGAGGAGAACAUAACAAGGAAACACAUGCAAGAUGUGAUAGCAUUUGAGACUGAGCUGGCUAAUAUCACAGUACCAAGUGAGGACAGACGAGAUGAAGAGAAGAUCUACCACAAGAUCACUAUACCAGACCUACAGGAAAUAGCUCCUUUUUUGAAUUGGACCAGGUUUUCCAGUAAAAUGAUGUCUGUGACAAACAUCACUCUAUCUCCAGAGGAACCCAUUGUUUCCUUCUCAUCCGAUUUCCUCAGAAAAAUGUCUUCUCUAAUCACCACAAAGUUAAACACAGAAAAUGGCAGAAGGACAUUACAUAACUACCUCCUAUGGCAUGUCGUCAGUUCUCUGACAUCAUACCUGUCAAAGCCAUUCAGAAAUGCUAAGAAAAUUCUGACAGAGGCAUUAUCAGGGACAACUGGUGGAGAGGAACUGUGGAGGUACUGUAUUACAGAUACAGAUGGGGUUGUAGGAAUGGCUCUGGGGGCCAUGUUUGUCAGAGAGGCCUUCAAAGGGGACAGCAAACAAAAGGCAGAAAAAAUGGUGAAUGAGGUCAAAGAUGCUUUCAAAAAGAAUCUUCCAAAUCUCUCUUGGAUGGAUGACGAGACACGACAGGCAGCAAGGGAUAAGGCGAAUUCUGUUAUUGACCUCAUAGGUUUUCCAGCUUACAUAAACAACAGCUCACUGCUCAAUAAGGAAUAUGAAGAUUUAGAGGUUACGGCAAAUGAGUACUUCCAAAACAACAUCAGGAAUUUGUUGUUUGUUGUCAAGAAAGACUUGCAGAACCUGAGGUCCAAACCAAAGAAAAAUGAAUGGGACAUGACUCCACCAACAGUGAAUGCUUAUUACACCCCCACAAAGAAUGAGAUUGUUUUCCCGGCUGGAAUUCUGCAAGCACCAUUUUAUGAGAUAGACUAUCCCAAAUCCCUGAACUUUGGUGCCAUGGGAGUGGUAAUGGGGCAUGAACUCACUCAUGGGUUUGAUGAUCAAGGAAGAGAAUUUGAUAAAUAUGGCAAUCUCCAUCCUUGGUGGAACAAUCAGUCCAUUGUAAACUUCCAGAACAGGACACAGUGUAUUAUUGAUCAAUACUCACAAUAUAAACUGGGGGAUAAUCAUGUAAAAGGUAAACAGACACUGGGGGAAAAUAUAGCAGAUAAUGGAGGACUAAAAGCUGCUUAUCAUGCAUAUGAUUAUUGGCUGUCACAGAAUGGUAAGGAACAACCACUACCUGCCUUGAAUCUCACGCACAAACAGCUGUUCUUCCUAGGAUUUGCACAGGUGUGGUGCUCUGCGAGUACAAAGGAAGCUGACCAUUUACAGAUUCUGACUGACCCACACAGUCCGGCAAUCUACAGAGUUAUAGGAACUUUAUCCAACUCUAAGGAAUUUGCUGAGCAGUAUAAAUGUCCAGCUAAUUCAAGGAUGAAUCCCAAGAAAAAGUGUGAGGUCUGGUAGAAAGGAAAAGUUUGACUGAAUUAACACCACAUAGCUUUCUCUAAUAAGCACAAUGUUAUGUCAAAAGCACAUGCAAUUUCUUAUUGGCCAUUUGAUAUUGAAUGAUGAAAAACUGUAGGUUUAUUUCUGGGAUUAAAAGGACAAGGUAUGGUAUCGGCCGAAUCUGGCCCCUUAUUUGAUGUAAAAAUCAGAACACAUUUAAAAUUGUGAUAGUUUGUAGUUAAGAACUUAAAAUGAUGCUUGUUUAAAAACCAGCUCUAAUUUUUAUUCAAAGCUUACACGGAGGCCACAAGAGGGUGCAGAAGUAGGACAUUUUCUUGAAUUUCGUCAAAUUUGAGACACUUUUCACUUCGAGAAACAUAGAGCACAAGCUUGCCUAUCUGAGAUUUUUAUACACA